CGUUUUCCGGCGGUUUCCUUAGUUAUCUCCGUCUCGCUGACUUCAGUUCACCGCAUUGUGAUACAUGCGGUUGUUAUCCACCUCUCUGGAUCGCAUUGAUCCAUCGGAUUGAAUUUGGUUUCGUGUCGAUUGCAGUACUGUUUUAGAUCUGAAUUUGACUAUGCUAGUUCCAUAUCACGACGAAUUUUGACCGUAUUUUUAGUUUCCGUUUGUUUGCUUAGAGCUUAAAUGGAUGUAGAUAUUGAUACGGGACCUAGACACACAUGUAUCAUAAUCAAGUCUCUUUUGUGCUCUCUCUCUUCGAUCGGUUUUGCUUACGGACUUUCCAAUGGUCGGUAACCAAAAUCGACAAAAACGCGGUUAUGCAUUGGUUUUCGGGUCCAUAAGAGUAUUUCUCAUUUGAUCUUUCCUUCCAGAGGGAUUGUUCUUGUUUCUUAUACAUACUCUGCAUUUUGGGUGUCUUGUGUCCCUAACUUGGAUCACUGAAACAAGUGUUGUACCUUGUGACACAUUUUAGCGACUUCCAACUGGCCUGCAUUGGGAGUUUUCUCCUCCAUGAGAGCGUGUUUUUCUUAUCUGGACUCCCUUUCAUUUAUCUUGAAAGGCAAGGCUUUCUCAGCAAGUACAAAAUUCAGACAAAAAACAACACACCUGCAGCCCAAGGAAAAUGUAUUACUCGCCUGUUGCUUUAUCAUUUCUGCGUAAACUUGCCCCUGAUGAUGGCCUCCUAUCCUGUCUUCAGAGCCAUGGGAAUGCGAAGCAGUUUUCCUCUACCGUCCUGGAAAGAAGUGUCUGCCCAGAUAUUAUUCUACUUCAUCAUUGAGGAUUUUGUCUUCUAUUGGGGUCAUCGGAUCUUGCAUUCAAAAUGGCUGUAUAAGAACGUGCACAGUGUGCAUCAUGAAUAUGCCACACCAUUUGGUUUGACAUCAGAAUAUGCUCACCCCGCUGAGAUUCUAUUCCUGGGUUUUGCUACCAUAGUCGGUCCAGCUCUUACUGGCCCUCACCUGAUUACUCUCUGGUUAUGGAUGGUGCUGAGAGUGCUUGAGACAGUUGAGGCACAUUGUGGUUAUCAUUUCCCAUGGAGCCUGUCAAAUUUUCUUCCUCUGUAUGGAGGUGCUGACUUCCAUGACUACCAUCACCGACUGCUAUACACAAAGUCUGGAAACUACUCUUCAACUUUUGUGUAUAUGGACUGGAUCUUUGGUACUGACAAGGGCUACAGAAGACUGAAGACCCUUAAAGAAAACGGUGACAUGAAACAAACGUGAAAUUACCAGUUUGGAUUGCAGAGUACAUUUGUCUUAGAGAGGUCUUAUUCUGCAACCUCUCCUUUUCUAUAACAUUUUGCUUUCAGGUUGCUGCGACUGUCAUGUGUCUUAGUUUAUUAUGUCUGACUAGAAUUGCUACUCGUGUGGCAUAUUUGAACAAACAUUUGCUACUUCGACUCAGUAUGUGUUUAGGUUGGGCAACUAAAACAUUUUGUAUGGGUAAUAUCCUUCUCUCGUUUCUCUGUACCGAGUAAGGUUAGAUGUUGUGCUACCAAUUCCUUUGUUCACGAGGUAUGCAAACAGGUAAAAGAUUGGCGUUA